AACCACUAGCUUCUCCCCAUCAUAUCUCAUUCAUACAUCUUAACUAGUUUAGUACCUCUUCCUACACAACCAUUCAUGGCUUCAAAAACUUGCUUCUUCUUAUGUCUACUCAUUUUCGUGUCACUGGGCUACCACACAUGCCUUGCAGCCCGCCACUUGUUGGACACUCCGGUGCCGGCUGCUCCACCGCCAGUGCCAACUAUUCCGACCCUACCGAAACCCACAUUACCAACAUUGCCUCCAAUGCCUGCAGUGCCAACUCUACCUAAGCCAACAUUACCACCAUUGCCUAGUGCCCAAUUGCCACCAUUGCCCGUUGUGCCAACACUCCCAAAGGUAACAUUGCCACCAUUGCCAUCUCUGCCUGUCACACCGAGUUUGCCGAAGCCUACAUUGCCGCCGCUGCCAACCAUGCCCACCAUCCCCUCCAUUCCAACAUUCCCAACCAUUCCCUCCAUUCCAACCAUCCCUUCAAUCCCAACUAUCCCUAAAAUACCUUUCUUCUCACCACCCCCUUCAAACUAGCCCAUGAUAGUUAUGUGGAGUAUGGCCCAGUUAUUGAUAUUAUGUGGAGUAUGGCCCAGUCAUUGAUAUGCUUAGUUUAUUACUUUGGGUGUGAUAGUAGGACAUCACCAGCAUCAUUUUAAUGAAGUCCUUGCAUGUGAGGAGUGAGGAGUACACUCUCUUGUGAAGACUAUUUUUAUGGGAGAUUUGUAGGUCUGGGGAUUGUAUACUUUGUGCCUUUCUUUUGUCACUUUCAGUUGUAUUGCAUUCUUAUUUUAUCUUUAUGAGAUUUGGUUUUCAAUGUUAAAGUAUUCGUGUUUACAUUUAUUAGUCA